AUGUCCAAGGACGAUGCUUGUAAAGUGACGUCUGCCAGCAAACACAAGGAGCGCAAGCCUAAGAAGCCUCACUAUAUUCCCCGGCCAUGGGGCAAACCCUACAACUACAAAUGCUUCCAGUGCCCCUUUACCUGCAUGGAGAAGUCCCACCUGUACAACCAUAUGAAGUACAGCCUGUGCAAGAACUCCCUCUCUCUGCUAAUAGAGUCAGACUGGCCGUAUAAAAAGGGCAACAUCCUGCACCCAGACCAGCUACGACCCUUUCAGCAGGCACAUGGCCAUCACGCCACUGGGAAAGAUGGACUAGAACAGGUGACACGGACUGAGGACGGACAAAGGCAACGACGGACCGCUGAGGAGGAAGGUGAAGACAGGGAAAGCCAGGGGCCAGAAGACGAAGAAGAGGGAGGACGAGGAGAGAAACCAGAGUGCCCUACCAGGAAAAUAAAACAGCCAGAGUCAGACCUUCUGAUGGCCGACAUGCUCUCUCUGGAAGAUCAGCUUUUACGAGCACGCUCAGUAGAAGUAGAGGCCCAACUGAAACACUAUAAGCUAUCUAAAACAUAUCUGACAGCUCCUAGUCUGCUGUCGGAGCAGUGGCGGCUGUUGGCGUCGAGCCACUCUAAGGCCAAAGCUGAAGGUGCUCAGGUCCGAGUGAGUAGUUCAAUCCCCUGCUACCCUCCUCCGCCAAACCUGGUGGAUUACCAGGAUCCCACUGGACUCAACCUGUCGGUGCUCGGGGUGGGCUACCCCAUCAGCCCCAGCCUCUUCUCCUACAUGAACCCCGCCCAGACCCACGCGCAGCUUGCCCAGCUUCCCUUCCUGGCGUCGGCCGCUCAGCUGAUGCAUCCAGCUUCCAGCACCCACAUAGACAGAGCUCUCAUACCCCCCCGCCUCUACUACCCCUUUCUGUGUGAGCAUACGUUCGGACCGGCCUCCAGUCAGAGUGAUGCCAACAAAGCGCUCAAGACAUCCACAAACAGUCUAGAAGUGAAUCCUCUGUCUGGCUUCCAGCCUAAAGUCAAUCUGUGGAAAGUGCCUGCUUUGCGGCCAGGGAGCCGCAGUCUCCCUGCUGGCUGGGUGUCACCUCUGAGAGACUCCCCCGAACAGGCUUACAGGAUGCUCAGCUUCCGACCCGGCCCACUGAACUGUGGUACAACGACCCUCUCACCAGCCCCAACAGCCGUGACCGCCUGCUGCCGGACAGUGGGGGAGGGAACUUCAGAGUCAGUGGCUGCUCUCCUCAGUGACCUCUCCAAGGCCUUGCAGGAGUACCAAGAGGCUGAGUGCAAAAUAUCCCACCUGGAGAAGGAAGACCUUCCCGCCCAGCGCCACCUCUGGGAACACCUGGGCAAAAUCCGCAGCGAGCUCUCCCACAUCCACCAGGCGCUGGAGCAGACGGCUCGCCCGAGCGACGGGCCUCUCGACCUGUCAGUUAAAAGGGACUCAACAGAUUUGCCUGGUGACCAGGAGGAGGAGGACGAACUGGAGGAGAAAAGGGAGGAAGAAGAGAACGAGGGCGAGAGAAAUGCAAUGAAGGCUUCGUUGGAGAGUCGAAAGCAGUCGUUGGACAUGCUGAUCAAGAUGAGUCAGGCAUCGGUGGUGAACACAGAGGUUCUCUCUGCCGGUGGUCUCGGCAUGAGGCCCAGUUCUGCUGAGGCCUUAUGGCCGAGCAGAACCACCAAGUGUGAGGCAGACUCCAGCGUCCUGCUUUGCCCAGACGGCCGAUCAGUGGUUUUCACCGACAUCCCUUCCUCUGCCAAAACCCCAAAGAGACCCCCGACCAUGCAGCGACUAGAGGCCCAGUGUCCUCCGAGUCCUUUGACAGCUACCGACAAUUAA